UCACAUUUUUAUAAAAGUUAACUGAGCUCUUAAUGUGGCAAUGUUGUUUGCAAUGUAAUAUCAUUCGAUAACUCGUAUUUGGUUGUUCCAACUUGUUCACUGUAGAUAAAAAAAAAAUUAUAUUCAAGUCAAAGUGUUUUUAUAAAUUGUUUAAGCUGAUGGAGUCGAAUAUACGCGCUUUCGAUAUGGAUGAUGAGUUUGCCCUCUGCUGGAACAAUUUUCAGGACAACCUAAGCAGUGGCUUCCAGACUUUAUUCGAUCGAGGCGAUCUUGUUGAUGUUACAUUGGCCGUAGAUGGGAAACUAUUGCAGGCUCACAAAAUCGUUCUGGCUAUUUGCAGUCCAUAUUUUCAGGAAAUGUUCAUCACCAAUCCAUGCAAACACCCAAUCAUUAUACUGAAAGAUGUAACGUUUCACGUUAUGUCCGAGCUGCUGCAAUUUAUGUACCAAGGAGUAGUCAAUGUUAAGCACACCGACCUGGCAGCCUUUAUGAAAAUAGCCCAAAGUUUGCAAAUCAAGGGUCUAGCCGCCAUAGCCGCAAAGCUGCCAAUUAAUUAUAUGCAAAGCAAUAACUCAAACAACUCAAACCCUUCCAAAACCAAUUCGGGAAAUGCAACGGAACCGAUUCCAAACGCCAAUGUGAUAAAUACGAAAACCAAUGCGACACUGUUUUCCAACAAAGAGGACGGCGCAUCGCCAACGACAAAUGCAAACAAACGACAUAUUGACUUUAACGGCGCCGAAUCGUUGACCAUGUUCACGCGCAAAAUUCGACGAUCGUUGGAUACGACCGAAAAUGAUAUCAGUGCCGAUUCGAUGGAGAAUAUGAGUUCGGACGAAAUGUUCUUGCCGCCGAUACCGCAAAUAUCGAUGAUGGAAUCGUCUCGAUUCGAUAUACAUAAUGUGAAACGGGAAACGGAACCGCUGCUCAGUCCUGGCGGCAUUCGGAACAUUAUACCGCCGGGAUUCAAUUUUGAGUACAACAGUAAUGUGUACAGCAAGAACGUCGAAUAUCCAAAUGAUUUGCAUAUGAGUAAUGAUUAUCCAAAGACCGGUGCCGGAAACCACAUGGACAUACCAGCAGGUGGCAACAUUACAAUGCUCUCGUCCACGUCACUACUUCAUGGCAAUUGCAUAUUCAAUCGGAAUAAUACCGUUGCAACACAACAAGGUAUGAAAACCUAUUGGCUUUGCAAGUCCUACCGCAUAACAAUGUGCCGAGCGCGAUGCAUAACGCACCAGGGACGCGUUAUCUCAGCGACAGGUGUACACAAUCAUCAGCCACAUAUGAAAGGACAGCCGCCCUCGGGACCCAGUGAAUUUUCCAGUCCCAAUCAACCCACUACUUCGUCAGGUCUGAAUACGGCACUAAGAUUAGGAACACCAGUCAACCAAUCACCUCAGCAUAAUGUUUUGUCGCAGAACACGUCUAUACCACAACUUCAUCAGGCACAACUGCAUGCGCAUCAUCAGAACCAACAUCAGCAACAGCAACAACACCAGCAACCACAACAGCAGCAACAACAUCAUCAUCAAUCUACUCUACUUCACUCGCCGCCACAACUGAACCAACCUCAACAUCAUCAAUCCAGUCAUGCGGCCAUUCAGAACAUGAUGCACAAUGUACUCAGUCAAAACAGUCUAAUGCAACUGUCCAACAUAGCACCAAUACUGAAUCCGUUGCAACAUCAUUCAUCUCAACUGCCUCAUAUUCAUCCGCCAUCUAGUCUGCAAAUAACGCCAAUUUUAAACGCCACUCACCAGCACAAUAUUCAAAGUCCGACCACAUCACCGCGACUUAGUCAUACACAGCAACAUUCACCAAAUAUUCAACAACCGCAACAUCCGAUGACACCCAACAACAAUAACAACACCAAUUCAAAUAUGUCGAUUGUCGUGUCCUCGUCGACAGCUACACCAUCGUCAGCGUCACCAAACGAGGAAGUUUUCGGAAAAAUGGAAGCAACUGUUUCGCAAGAUAAUACGGCUGUCGUAUCGCAGUCGAACAUAAUUUCGUCUAUAACAAUUUCACCGACUCAGCAGACAUUUAAAAUGGAACACAUUUAGGUUGCGCCUGGAGAGAAAUGGUCCCAAGGAAAAUUAGAAUUUAUGUUGAGUCAACGUGGCAAACCGCUUCUGCUUCAUGAUAAUCACACCUUCGGUAUCCAAUAUAUACGAAAAGAUAAAAAAUACUGGCAGUGCAAUU